CUCCAUGUUGGCUGAAACUUUCCUGGAUCCAGUCCUAAAGUUUACCAGUAAUUUCUUAUGUCUCCUAAAAUCAAGAUCUUUCUCAGCUCCUACCCGUCACACAUGUUCGCAGAAACUUCCCGGGUAGUUUCUGCUCUCCCCUACAUAAAAGAUAUCCACUCUCUCCUCCCCGUCAUACACGUUCGCUGAAACUUCCCGGGUAGUUUCUGCUCUCACCUACAAUAAAGAUAUCCACUCUCUCCUCCCCGUCACACAUGUUCGCUGAAACUUCCCUGGUAGUUUCUGCUCUCCCCUACAAUAAAGAUAUCAACUCUCUCCUCCCCGUCACACAUGUUCCAUUCACAGUCAUUGUGCGGUUACCCAAUUUAACUGUUCAUUGUUGUUUGGAUUGAUCUUUCUAAGCAUCAUUUAUUUCCUCUUCUUGUUCUUCAUAUUCCCAGAAAAUGUCUUUGAUUGAAGACUUACAUCACCUCAGAAUACCAUUUAAAGACAUUAAAGAAGCCACUCAAAACUUCACAACCCUGAUCGGAAGGGGUGGGUAUGGCCCUGUAUUCAGAGGACAACUCUCACUUUCUGGGGAACUUACCGUUGUCGCUGUAAAGCAACUACAAACUGAUCAGCGGUCUGCGCAGGGGAUUAAAGAGUUUUUAACAGAGAUUCAAAUGCUCUCUCGUUAUAAACAUCCAAAUAUUGUUUCCCUUGUUCGUUUCUGUCAAAAAGGAAACGAAAGGUUCCUCGUUUAUGAGUACGCAGAACAUGGAAGCCUCGACAAAUACUUGAGACCGAUGAAAAACAGGUGUCCACUCACAUGGAGGCAACGAAUCAGUAUAUGUGUGGAUGCAGCACGCGGUCUGAAUCAUCUGCAUAACCAUGUUGCCAAAAAUCAAAGAGUUAUCCACAGAGAUAUUAAAAGUGGAAACAUUCUGUUAGAUCACAACUGGAAAGCUAUGAUUGCCGAUUUUGGGCUUUCAAAAUUAGGCCGAGCAAAUGAAAGUGUCACUUAUGUAAUUACUAACGCAUGUGGAACAUAUGGUUAUUGUGAUCCAGCAUAUAUCAAUUCAGGGAUCCUCACUAAGGAGUCUGAUGUUUAUUCAUUUGGAGUAGUGUUGUUCGAAGUCUUAUGUGGGAGGUUGUGCUUCAAAAAUGGUGAAGAAGAAUACCUAGCCCCAUUAGCCCAACGCUACUACGAACAAAAAAUGUUAGGUAUUAUUACUGAUGAUGAUUUGAAGAAAUACAUGAACUCCUAUUCCAUGAAUAUCUUUUCAGAAAUUGCAUAUAAGUGCCUGCUAGAUGAUCGGAAACAACGACCCUCAAUGGGUUUGGUGUUGAAGAAACUUGAGAAAGCAUUGGAAGUUAUAGAAAUUGAGGACCCACCUGAGUUGCAAGAACUAGAAGAAGCAUUGGGAUUGCAAAAACUUGUGGAAAAAUUGCAAAAACAGCAUUUUGAAGAGGCGUGUGAAAUGCAUGAACUAGAAGAAGCAUUGGGAUUGCAAAAACUUGUGGAAACAUUGCAAAUACAGCAUUUUGAAGAGGCGUGUGAAAUGCAUGAACUAGAAGAAGCAUUGGGAUUGCAAAAACGUGUGGAAACAUUGCAAAUACAGCAUUUUGAAGAGGCGUGUGAAAUGCAUGAACUAGAAGCAUUGGGAUUGCAAAAACGUGUGGAAACAUUGCAAAUACAGCAUUGUGAAGAGGCGUGUGAAAUGCAUAAACUUGAAAAUGCAUUGGGAUUGCCGGAACUUGAAGAAGCAUUGGGAUUACCUGAACUUGAGGAAACAUUGGAAUUGGAGGAACAUGAUGAAGCAUUGGGAUUGCCGGAGCUUGUAGAAACAUUGGAAUUGGAGAUUGGUGAAUCGCGUAUAGACUAUGAAGUGAUAGAAGCCAUAUAUGACAUGCCAGAUGCUCCUCUCUCAUACAUUACAAGAGAUCAAGUUUAUUCACAUCUUUCUACUGGAAUCCUAGUUGAUGAAGGCAAAGUAUGGUUUUCAAUAGACGAUGAUGGCAAAACACAAGAAAUGAUAUCGGCAAUGAAGUUUGUGCCUUCAAUUAAUGUAUCUAAUCGUAAACCACGAUUUGAACACGAAUCUCGGUUCUCUAAGGUAGUAUUUGUUCGCUCACCACGUCGUGAAAUGCAAGUCAAGAUAAGAACACAGUUUCUAUCAUCCCAUGUAACAUAUGCAGCUUACCUAGUAUGCAAAUCCGAUUAUUGCCCAGAAGAUAUUGCUUCGUAUCUUCUGAUCUAUAGAUUGAACUCCAAAAGUAAAUCAUAUAUUUCAUAUCCUAGUAAGAUGGAAGAGAGUGGAUGGUGGAUGUUUGAACUCUUUCAAACCAUCAAUUUAAAAAGAUCAAGUGAUUUCAUUAUUUCGUUAAAGAUACUGGACUGGCCUUUUUGUUAUAGGUCUCAUCCAUUAAUUGAAGGCAUAAAGUUUCUACCAAUACCACAGUUUGAGGAUGAAGUUGAAAUUGAAAUAUUAGAGGAGAAGAAUCUCUCACCAUCAAAUAUAGGAUGGGAUAAUCUAUUGCCAAGUGAUUAUAAACAAUUUAUAUAUUAUUCAAACAAAGAAAUGAUGAAAAAGCCUCGAGGAAAUGUGAUCUUUCCGACAAAAGAGGAAGCAUACUCCAUUCUUUCAAUGGGUGUACUUAUCAAGGUCAACUAUGAAGUUAACAUAUGGUUUUGGAUCACGAAAUCAAAUGGAAAGAAAUGCGUUAUCCUUCCUCCAACUUUAGCUUCCUAUGAAAAUCAACCGUUGCGUAAGAUUAAACGGAUACCUUCAAACGAAUCAAGAAUUGAAUACGUAUUACACCUAUCACCUUCAAAAGUAGUAGGCAUGUGCUUCAAAGUUCCAAAUGGUUUGUUGUCAACAAACACAACAUACGGAUGCUACCUCGUUUAUAAGAUGCCAGAAGGUUCUGACUGUAAUACUCUGGUGGAAAUGAAGUUUGACGCUGAUGGUAUGAUAGCGGCGGACAAACGCAGUUACAAUCUUAGGAAUUUAAGUAUAACUCAAAUCCCUGUAAUUGGAGCGGAUGGUGUAUGUAGAUCUACUAUACCAAUAAAUGAUCCAAAAAAUAUACAAUUGCCAAGAAAGAGAAAAGAUGGUUGGUUGGAGGUGGCCUUGAAUAAUAUUCAAGAAGAUGAAGGGUUUGGUUAUGUUCAGUCGAGGGAAAACAGACCAUGGAGAUCUAGGGUUCUUCGAUGUAUAUCACAUAAUGAGUCUGGUGAUAGGGUAGAUAACGACACGGGCAAUAGCUUUACUUCAGAACCCCGUUAUUUCAAAACAAUCACCAUAUGUAUGCGAUAUGUUAACUCUUUGACCACCACGAUUCCGAAACUUAUUGUGCAAGGUAUUGAGUUUCGACCCAUGUAAAAUCCAUUUGUUUUCCAAAAAAAAAGUAAAUUACUGGUUGUGACGAGUUCUUCAAUUUA